AUGGCUUCAGCUUUAGAGCAAUUUGUUAAUAAUGUUAGAUCUUUAUCUGCUUCUGGAAGUUACAGAGAACUCAGUGAUUUAAUUAGUAAGUCUAGUGAAGUUUUGGUAUCAAAUUCACAACAUUUAGAUAAUGUUUUGGAAACGCUAGAUUUACAACAGCACAGUUUAGGUGUUUUGGCUGUUUUAUGUGUAAAAUUAUCUUUGCAAUCCCAAAGUCCAGAAGAACAAGAAGCUGUACUUAGUCAAGUUGCGGAUUUUAUUAAUCAUUGUAAUGGAGAUCAAAUUAGAUUGGCUCCAGAUAAUUUUGCUGAUUUAUGUCACUUAUACACGCAAACAUUAACCAAUUUAAAAAUGCCAAUCAGAGGUAUUGAAUUAAUGAAAAAAGCUAUACAGAAAAUUCAGCUUAAUGAUGCUCAACUUACUCCAAUUCAUGCAGAUUUAUGCCAGUUAUGUUUACUUGCUAAAUGUUUCAAGACUGCUUUACCAUUUUUAGAUACUGAUAUUACAAGCAUUAGUCAGGAGGGGCCACAGUUUGACACUAAAUAUUUUUUAUUGUAUUAUUAUUAUGGUGGUAUGAUAUAUACUGCACUCAAAAAGUAUAGUCAAGCAUUAUAUUUAUUUGAAGUAGCUGUUACAACUCCAGCAGUUGCAGUGUCUCAUAUUAUGCUUGAGGCUUACAAAAAGUAUAUUCUCGUGUCAUUAAUUUUACAAGGAAAAAUUACACCUUUACCUAAGUAUACCAGCCAUGUUGUCGGAAGGUUUAUGAAGCAUCUUAGUCAGCCAUAUCAUGAAUUGGCAGCGGCUUGCCAAUCUAAUCAAUCUGAAGAAGCCAGAAAUAUAGUUAUUAAAAAUCAGUUCAUAUUUCAAAAGGAUAACAAUAUUGGCUUGACAAAACAGGUUUUAGCCAGUUUAUACAAAAACAAUAUUCAAAGAUUAACGAAAACAUUUUUAACCCUUAGUUUAGCUGAUGUCGCAUCAAGGGUACAAUUGUCAAGUCCUGCUGAAGCGGAAAAAUAUAUUUUGAAUAUGAUAGAAGAUGGCGAAAUAUUUGCCACCGUUAAUCAGAAAGACGGAAUGGUAGUUUUUCACGAUGAUCCUGAAAAAUAUAAUAGUCCCUAUAUGUUGAAAAUUCUUGAAGAGCAAGUUACUGCUUGCAUGGAACUGGAUAAAAAAAUACAACAAAUGGAAGAAGAAAUUAUGGUGAAUCCAAGGUUUGUUAAAAAAUCAUGCGGGUCACAAGAUGAAGAUCUCCAAGGAACAAAAAUGUCUACUUACUCAAUGUAA